AUGGGAAAUGGAGGAGGAGGGGGAGGAGCGGGAGGAUGGGGAGGAUGGGGAGCAGGUAGGGGUGUUCCAGUCAUAGGGAUUGCAGGCGGAGGUGGGAAAGCGGGCGCUACAACCAUUGGAGGAGGAGGGGGAGGGGGAGGAGGGGGAGGUGCCAUGGCCAUUGGUACCAUCACCACCAUAGGUCGGUACGUGAUGCCAGAGAUUGGAGCUGGGGCAGACUCGUUAACAGGGACGGAAUCUGACGCCACAGUAGCUGCUGCUGCUGUUGCUGGAGUUGCUUCCACUGGUGCUGCUGCUGCUGCUGCUGCUGCUGGUGCUGCUGCUGGUGCUGCUGCUGCUGGUGGUGGUGGUGCUGCUGCUGCUGCUGGUGCUGCCACUGGUGGUGGCGACACUGGUUUAUGCGUUGAUGGUGAGGUCACGGCACGAGCAGCUGGAGGUGGUGACAUAACCAACGAUGCUGAAGCUGUAACCGGUGAAGGUACAUCUGCAGGCACAGUAGAGUCUGCAAGUUUUUGUGCAGGGACAGAUGGAGAUUCCUCAUUGGUCGAGACCGUGCUUAUAGCGACCAGAUCCAUGGCGUUGACAUGA